CUUCUUUAGCAGAGACGGACCUCGAACAGAGAUUGCCUGCGCUGUCCGCGGUCCUGAAACCUCCCUUUUCUUAGGCGCUGGUACGAAAAGGAGAGUUUGCUCUUCCUUCUAUAAUCCGUGCCUCUCGCUUGCCUCAUUCACUGCUCUUUAAAAAAGAAAAUCUUGUUAUGGACUCUUUAAAAGUUCAUUGUUUGGUUAAGUCAUUUCCUAUCAUUUAGGGCUGAUGGAUCUAUGGUUAGCGGUGGCGAUUGCGAAUAGUUCAGAUUAGGGAUCUUUCUCCCUACAAGCAAAGUUUCACUUUCGCCACCCCUACUCUGGCUCCUGUCUUUCCUUCCCCUCUUUCUCUCCCUUGUCUCCUUCCCCUCAUCCCUGCAGCUAGCUUGACUGCAGGUUUUCAAGAGGGACAGCGCCUUGGAUCGUAAUACUGACCGGCGAUUGUUGCUGCACUAACUUUGGAUCCGAAGCCCCGCAGUUCCAAAGUCGCUCUUCUUCUUCUUCUAGAGCCUAAUCCGGACACAGGCUGGUCAAUGUCACCCUGAAAGGCAUGGAAGGUGCCAACGGAUUUGGGAUCGAUUCCAUCCUGUCCCACCGAGCCGGGAGCCCCGCCGUGCCCAAAGGGGAACCGCUCAUGGGGGAAGGACGCUCCCCCUUGGAACUUAGUCCCCGCUCCGAAAUCAGCAGCGGCUGCCCGUCGCCCCACUCUCCCGGGAGGGAGUGCUUGGAAGCAGUAGCCCAGAGACAAGGUGUGGCAGUGGGGCUGGAGUCUCACCUUCAAGCGGGGCAAAUCUUGGCCCCUUCACAAUCCAGAACAGUGACCUCCUCCUUCUUAAUCAGGGACAUCUUGGCCGAUUGCAAGCCUUUGGCGGCCUGCGCCCCUUACUCCAGCAGCAAUGGACAGAGCGCGCAGGAGGCACCGGUUCGGAUUCCCCCCAAAUCCGGAGAGGACUUCCGGGAGAAGAUGGACAAGAACAACAGCAGCAACUCCUCUUCGGACACAGAAUACAAAGUGAAAGAAGAAGGGGACAGAGAGAUCUCGAGUUCCAGAGAGAGCCCCCCAGUGAGGCUGAAAAAGCCGCGCAAGGCCCGCACAGCCUUCACGGAUCACCAGCUGGCCCAACUGGAGCGGAGUUUCGAGCGGCAGAAAUACUUGAGCGUGCAGGACAGAAUGGAGCUGGCCGCUUCUCUCAACCUCACAGACACCCAAGUAAAGACCUGGUACCAGAACAGAAGGACCAAAUGGAAAAGGCAGACCGCGGUGGGCCUGGAGCUGCUGGCCGAAGCCGGGAACUACUCGGCGCUGCAGAGGAUGUUCCCGUCGCCUUAUUUCUACCCGCAGAGUCUGGUGUCCAACCUGGAUCCGGGCGCUGCCCUCUAUCUCUACCGCGGGCCCAGCGCCCCGCCGCCGGCCCUGCAGAGGCCGCUGGUCCCCCGGAUCCUCAUCCACGGACUUCAAGGGGGCAGCGAGCCCCCGCCGCCAUUGCCCCCACUGGCCGGAGUCCUUCCCCGGGCGGCUCAGCCGCGGUGAGGCGAGGAGGAGGGACCGGGCGCAGCUUCUGGAAGAGACAACGUGGGAACGCCGGGGGCUGAGGGCCACUUGUCCUCAUAAGCAACCUUCUGGGGGACGCAUGGCAGUGAUGGGCAGGGCCUGGGGCCCUCACCUUUGUACCACAGGGGUGCUGCAAACCCCAGAGGUUUCUACGCACAUGUGGACAUCUAUACUCCAGCCAGCACAAGAGGACUCCUUUUAUGCUAGACCAAGAAUUUUCAAAAACCAUUCAAGCAGACCGAGAGUUGACUGCUUUUGAACAACUUAUGGUCAAUGUUCCUGCUACAGAGAACAAUCAGAGAAAAAUCUUUGUUGACAUUUAUUAAGGACUGGAAACUUCUUAUGGACUUUUUGCGUGAAAGAGAAAAUGAACUUGUAAUAUCUGGAUUUGAAGAUUGAGAAAAUGUUGGCUUAUAGAAAAUAGAAUAGUUGGAUGUCAAUUUGAGUGAAUACUUUGAACUAGUUGCUAUAUUUAGCUGACAAGAGAAUCAGAAGUCUUUUAAUCUUUUCC